CGCUGCUUGAGCUUGACGAGCGCCAGCACGCUCAUCGCGCCGCGUUCUUGCUUUCAUUCUGUCUCGUGCUUCCUUCUUACCUCCAUCUCCUUGACUGCAGCGCUAUCGCACGCGUCCACGAUGGCGGAUCUCGUCGAUAGCAUGCUCGACCUCAUGCGGCGCCUGCCGCCAACGCGCACUGAGGAGAACGUCGACGCGCUCAUCAGGAUCUGUCCAGAAUACGCAGACGAUCUGCUUGGGAGUGUCGACCAGCCGCUCAAGCUCAUGCACGACCGCGUCGCGGGCCGCGACUACCUCGCAUGCGACUACAACCGGGAUGGCGAUAGCUAUCGAUCCCCAUGGACAAACGAGUACGAUCCACCGCUGGACGAUGGUACCGUGCCAGGCGUGAAGCUCCGCAAACUGGAGGUGAUGGCGAACGAGGCGUUCGACACCUAUCGCGAGAUGUACUACGAAGGCGGUGUCUCCUCCGUAUACCUAUGGGACCUUGAGGACGGCGGCUUCGCCGGGGUCGUCCUGCUGAAGAAGUCGAUGACGCCUUCGUCACCCUCUGAACCAGCAGGAUCCUGGGACUCCAUCCACGUCUUCGAAACAGCCGAGCGAGGGAGGCAGGCCCACUACAAGCUCACGUCAACGGUGAUGCUGCAGCUGACGACGCAUAAGAGCUCGGAGAGCAAGGAUGAGCAGAAGGAGAAGGACAAGUCGGAUCCGGAAAGCUGGAAGCGGGAGGGCGAGGUUACCCUGAGCGGGAGCAUGACGAGACAGACCGAGCAGGACUGGCCGCUGCACGACUCGCAGUCCCACAUCACGAACACGGGCCGCAUGAUCGAGGAGAUGGAGAAUAAGAUGCGGAAUUUGUUGCAAGAGGUUUACUUCGGCAAAACGCGCGAUAUUGUGUACGACCUUCGCAGCGUCGACGACCUCGAGAAGGCGCGGAAGCAGCGGGAGUUGCAGAAGGAGCUUGUCGGGUUCAUCAAGAGGUGAUGCGCUGGUGGUGUUGGGAGCAGAGUAUCAAGAAAGCAGAACUGAAUCGGGAGGGAGCGGGAAGGGGGAGAUGGUCGAGGGGAUUGUUUGUAUCAUACUCCAUACACUGAAAGGGACUCACACUCUGGAUAAGCGGA